GAAUGAUGAGGCGGGCAGGAAGGCAAGGGUGAGAGAAAGUGCCCAGCCCUCAGGAACUACCCCCCACCCCCGCGGAGGCUGCAGGAUGUGAAGUGUGUGCAUGUUCCCUCGUGGGGUUCAUGUGACUUUGUGUGUUCCAGUGACCUACGGCAUGAUGAGCUCCAAUGUGUACUACUACACCCGGAUGAUGUCCCAGCUCUUCCUGGACACCCCAGUGUCCAAAAUGGAGAAAACAAACUUUAAAACACUGUCUUCGAUGGAAGACUUCUGGAAGUUUACAGAAGGCUCCUUACUGGAUGGGCUGUACUGGAAGACACAGCCCAGCAACCGGACAGAAGCUGACAACCGAAGUUUCAUUUUCUAUGAGAACCUGCUGCUGGGGGUACCACGCAUUCGCCAGCUCAGAGUCAGGAACGGGUCCUGCUCCAUCCCCCAGGACUUGAGAGAUGAGAUCAAAGAGUGCUAUGAUGUCUACUCUGUCAGCAGUGAAGACAGGGCACCGUUUGGGCCAAGAAAUGGAACCGCCUGGAUCUACACAAGUGAAAAAGACUUGAAUGGGAGCAGCCACUGGGGAAUCAUUGCAACUUACAGCGGAGCUGGCUAUUACCUGGAUUUGUCAAGAACAAGAGAGGAGACAGCUGCACAGGUUGCAAGCCUCAAGAGGAAUGUCUGGCUGGACCGAGGAACCAGGGCAACUUUCAUUGACUUUUCAGUGUACAAUGCCAACGUCAACCUGUUCUGCGUGGUCAGGUUAUUGGUUGAAUUCCCAGCGACUGGCGGCGUGAUUACAUCCUGGCAAUUUCAGCCUGUAAAGCUGAUCCGAUACAUCACCACAUUUGAUUUCUUCCUAGCAGCCUGUGAGAUUAUCUUUUGUUUCUUUAUCCUUUACUAUGUGGUGGAAGAGAUAUUGGAAAUUCACAUUCACAGACUACACUAUUUCAGGAGUUUCUGGAAUUGUCUGGAUGUUGUGAUCAUUGUGCUAUCUGUGGUAGCGAUAGGAAUUAACAUAUACCGAAUGUCAAAUGUGGAGGUGCUGCUGGAGUUCCUGGAAGAUCAAAAUAUGUUCCCCCACUUCGAACAUCUGGCAUACUGGCAAAUACAGUUCAACAACAUAGCUGCGGUGACAGUGUUUUUUGUCUGGAUUAAGCUCUUCAAGUUCAUCAAUUUCAACAGGACCAUGAGCCAGCUAUCCACAACCAUGUCUCGGUGUGCCAAAGACCUGUUUGGCUUUGCUAUCAUGUUCUUCAUUAUUUUCUUAGCAUAUGCCCAGCUGGCAUAUCUUGUCUUUGGCACUCAGGUUGAUGACUUCAGUACCUUCCAAGAGUGUAUCUUCACUCAAUUCCGUAUCAUUUUGGGCGAUAUCAACUUUGCAGAGCUUGAGGAAGCUAACCGAAUCUUGGGACCACUUUAUUUUACUACCUUUGUGUUCUUUAUGUUCUUCAUUCUUUUGAAUAUGUUCUUGGCCAUCAUCAAUGAUACUUAUUCUGAAGUGAAAUCUGACUUGGCACAGCAGAAAGCUGAAAUGGAACUCUCAGAUCUUAUCAGAAAGGGCUAUCAGAAAGCUUUGGUCAAACUAAAACUGAAGAAAAAUACCGUGGAUGACAUUUCAGAGAGCCUACGGCAAGGUGGUGGCAAGUUAAACUUUGAUGAACUUCGACAAGAUCUCAAAGGGAAGGGCCAUACUGAUGCAGAGAUUGAGGCAAUAUUCACAAAGUAUGACCAAGAUGGAGACCAAGAACUGACCGAACAUGAGCAUCAGCAGAUGAGAGACGACUUGGAAAAAGAGAGGGAGGACCUGGACUUGGAUCACAGUUCCUUACCUCGUCCCAUGAGCAGCCGAAGUUUCCCACGAAGCCUAGAUGACUCUGAGGAGGAUGAUGAUGAAGACAGUGGACACAGCUCCAGAAGGAGGGGAAGCAUCUCCAGUGGGGUUUCCUACGAAGAGUUUCAAGUCCUGGUGAGACGCGUGGACCGGAUGGAGCACUCCAUCGGCAGCAUCGUGUCCAAGAUUGACGCUGUGAUCGUGAAACUGGAGAUCAUGGAGCGGGCCAAGCUGAAGAGGAGGGAGGUGCUGGGAAGGCUGCUGGACGGUGUGGCUGAGGAUGAAAGACUGGGUCGGGACAGUGAAAUCCACAGGGAACAGAUGGAACGGCUGGUGCGGGAGGAGUUAGAACGCUGGGAGUCUGAUGACGCAGCUUCCCAGAUCAGUCACGGGCUAGGCACGCCGGUGGGCCUCACGGGCCAACCUCGCCCCAGAAGCUCCCGCCCGUCUUCCUCCCAGUCUACAGAAGGCAUAGAAGGUGGAGGUGCAAAUGGGAGUUCCAGCGUCCAUGUAUGACAUGCGUGUAUUGGUGUGUGUGUCCCUCACAGGAGAUGGCUGUCCCGAACUGCCAAACAAGAAUACUAUUUAUAUGUCCUGACCACCGUAGGAUGCGGGUCUAGGUGACCGAUUGCUAGUUGUCUGCACUUUAAUUUAUUUUAUAUAAACUGUACCCAUGGAUCAAA